AUGAAGGGGACACUUCGGCAUUUUAGCCUUAUUCCUCCGGGCGGCGGCGGCAUGCUGGCGCACGCUGUGGCCCAUGUUGCAUCUGCCAUUAAGGUCAGUUGGCUGAGGGGAAAUCACUUGCCCAUCCAUGCACAUAUACCUGCAAUUACCUGCCCUUUGACAUCCAUCUGAUAUUCAUAGACCCUUCCUUCCUUCUAAGAAUAUUACUAUUAUAGACCAGAAAUCUCCUUCAAAUAAUUUCCAAACCUGUAAACUAUUAUUACUAUUAUUACUCAAAUCGCCCUCUCAAUAAUAAUAAUAAUAAUAAUAAUAAUAAUGAUAAUAAUAAUAAUAAUAAUCAUCGUUUGUCUUGCUAUUUGCAGAUGAGGGAAAGCGGCACAUCCGGCAAGGGGAUCGAAUCGGUCAUCAGCGGAGUCGAGAGACUGAUUGCCGCAGGGAAGCUCGCCGAGGCGGCGGAUGCUCUUGAGAGAGGGGUCUCCGGCACUGAGGCUGCGGGGGCGGUCAACGAGUGGGUGAGGCUGGCGAGGGACCGGGCCAUCACCGAGCAGGCUCUCACCCUCCUUCAGGCGUAUGCCACUUCCAUCAGCCUCACUUAA